AUGGCCCAGGAGAAGGAAAACGAAGACCCUGUCGGAUCUAUCUUAAUCCAGGUCCAUGAAGAUCUUUAUGAAUUAAGGGAGAAAUUAACAAAAUUCCCGCUUGAGGAAAAAGGCGGGGCUCUAGACAUUCAGAAUCUUGAAACAGCAAUCAAAAGGACUGAAAUGGGGUUAAAAAUACACAUCGAGAAGUAUUUAAACGUUGUACACCAACAUGUGUUAACAACUCCUAUUGAUUAUAACUUAUAUUCGUCUCAUGCUUCCAAAUGGUUGUUCCCAGCUGUAAUUGAUCAGAAAACAUUUAUUUUCCCUCUGGAAUCUGAGGGGAAGCUUUGGCAACCCCAAAAGGAACACAGUUCAUUUCCACGUGCCUUUCCAAGAGUAAAGCGAAAGACAGGGUUGAAUAUAAAAAUCAUGCAGGAUCCUGAAAGCACCCACCACAGAGCUGCUGUCAAUGCGACCUAUGGAAUCAGUCUGCCAUACAUUAACCAGAGAAAAGCAAGUGUGAAGGCUCAGAAGUUAAUAAAAGGUUCCACUAUAUCCAGCCUCACGGUUCUGCCAGCUUCUCAUCGCACGAAUCCCUAUUUCACCCCAGUGCCAGUCUUACAGGCAGAUGCCAACAAAGGGGUUUUAAGUAUGAUAGAACGAGGAUUGAUUCCACCAACAGCAAGAAUUACCUUUCAGAAUCCACCUAUUAUACCCAGAGCCGCUCCUCUGCAUCAUUUUGAUGAAGGACGUAAGAGUUUCGCUACUGCCCCGUUUGCUGCACCCCAGAGAACAGAGUCGAUUCCAGAGGAAAUGAAGACUCUCUCUCUCAAGAGACAGAGAUCAAAGUGGAAAGGCAGAAAGUCAAGAGGAUAUCAUGAUAAGAAGGCCAUGAAAGUGACAGCACCUUCUAAGACCCAGAAAUCACCGUGGGAUUAUGACUUUUUUAUUUACAAUGGUGUUGUAGACAAGACAGCCCCAGACUUCUUAGCUUUCAAGGAGCAUUACAGUCUGUCUUGGGGAAGUAUUUUUUCUCUCUUGGAACACAUCGAGAAGUUUCUCAAGGACUAUGCGAUACCAGAAGUCAAAAUAAAAGGUAACAGUUUAGUAACGCUCCUUCCAGAGUUUGAGCUGAAGAAUAAACUUACCAGAUCUGACCUCCUCUCUGUGUUAGAGAACCCAGUUGACAUCCAAAUGAUGUUAAAUCUUCCGGGGCAGAGGUACAAGGGCCAGGAUGGAAAGAUAGAGGCUGCCAUGAAGAUCCAAGCCACGUGGAAAUGCUACAAAGCAAGAAGAUUUUUCCAGACUUAUCGCCAGCAGAAGUGGGCAUCAGGUGUCAUCGCCAUUGCGUGGCUCUUACAUUGCCACAAGACCCGGCUCAGGAAGCUUCUGAAGGAAUCACGUGAAAGACACCUGGAGAAUUUCCGCAUCCGAGCCAAGCAUCUGGCAGCCAACUGGAAUCGCAUCAGGACCUCCAGGAGGACUAUUAUCCAUAUCCCAUCAUUAGGAUAUUCCCAGCCUGUGCGACAAAAUAUUGCCGAUUUCAACACACAGCAGAACACACAGCUGGGGAGGCUGUGUGACAUCUUAGAUGCCAAAGUGAGCGUCAUCUACAUCUGCUCCCAUCGAAUGAAUGACGAGCUACUGCUGUAUUACAACAAAAUCCUGAGUCUACAGGCAGCUGUCAAAUCGGGGAACCUUGAGGACAGAAGUGACCUGCGGGACAGGUUCAAAAUUAUCACCCCUGAAGCUAUAAACAUCUUCACUAAGCAGCAUAUGUGCCUGGCUACUCACCUGAUGUACAGUCCCAAGGCAAUCAAAAGAAUAAAAAAUCUCAUCCAAGGGAAAGAAGCCUACAUUGUCAGCGGGUUCCUCCACAGAGAUGAUUUGGCCGUGGCAGAUAUGUUAAACAUACCCAUCCUAGGCCCAGAGCCUGAACUAGCUCAUUUCUAUAGCACCAAGUCUGGAAGCAAACGGGUCUUUGAGAAUGCAGAUGUGCCAGUCCCUCCUGGAAUAUAUAACAUCUAUAGUCAUCAGCAGAUAAUAGAACAGGUGAGUCAGCUGGUCACUGAUCACCUGGAAAUCCAACGCUGGCUCUUUAAAACAGACUAUGAGUUUGGAGGAAAUGGGACUGCGUUUUGUGACAUUCCCUCCCACCUAAAGUGCUACAAGUGGAUCCAAAGGGAGAGUCAGAAAUACAGUCGCGAAGACUGGAGAAAGAAAUGGGCACAAGAGCCAGCUUUGGUGAAGAUCUCUGAGGAGCUGGCGGGCAUUUUAGCACAGCACGCACAGCCAGUCAAUGAGAAACGGUUCCCAACAUGGAGGAAAUUCCUGCAAACAUUUCUCAGUCAAGGAGGCGUGAUUGAAGCGUACCCACCUUCAGAGAGUGUUACCAACGUGACGGUGGACAUGCUGAUAGAACCCAAUGGAGAAAUCAGGCUGCUGUCAACAGGAGACCAGUUUCAUGCUGAAGGCCCAUUCAUCUCCUCUGGGACCACCAUGCCUCAGACCUCAGUGGACCCCCAAGUUCUCAGUUCUUUGUGCCUUCAAAUUGGAAAGGCUUGUAAGAUGAAAAACGUGAUUGGUCACUUUUCCAUAGACCUGGUAACUUUUAUUGAUCCAAGCACCAUGGAGCAGCAGGUGUGGGCAACAGGCCUCAACCUCUCGUACAGUGACCAGCUGGCCCUGACUCAGCUCACCUUAUACUUGACCAAUGGCCACCUGGAUUGCAGUUUGAGCACCCUUGAAGUGCCCCGCUUUGCUCCCAAGAAAGACAAGAAAAUGAACAACCUAAAUGUUCAGAAAGUGCCGUCACAGGCAACCAGUCGCUAUGCGGUGAUGAGCACCCAGCUGAGGCAUGACACUCUCUCUCUGGUUUUCCACUACGUUUUUCUCCAAAUGUGUAAGGCCCAUGGCAUCGGCUAUAAUGUUGAGGACAGACAAGGAACUAUCUUUAUAUUAUUUGAAAACUUGAAGAGAGACAGGUUGGGAAUGUUAACAAUCGGUGAGGAUCUCCAGGGGGUCCUCAUGACCUUUGCUCGCAAUCUCUUCAUCAUCCAUCAAGAAAUAUCAGCACCUAAUAUGCAAGGCGAGACCAAUUUUAAGACUGCCAUUGAUGACCUUGAAGCCAUUCUAGGAGUAACAGAGGAAAACAAGUUGAGAUUUGAAGAAAACCUACAGUCCAAACAUUAA